UAAUCAUUCACAUUGUCUGAAACUGGUGAGCUGGUUUGGUUUUACAUUUGAGUGUAUUGUUCGAUUCGUUUCAAGGCCAGUUUAAACACGAAAAACAGGGUAAAAUGCAGUCAUCGGUAUUUUUUGGUCUACAGACAUAAUCAGGGUUGGGGUGUAAUCCGUUACAUGUAAAUGAUUACAAAAACGGUAACUAAUUCGUUACAUUACCAGCAAAAAAUAUUGUGAUCAGAUUACAGAUACUUUUGAAAAACUAGAUGAUUACUUCAAGGGUUACUUUUAAAUUCAGAAAGGAUGUUAGCGAAAAACAUAUUUUAGACUUGUUUUCUCAAUGACUUUCAAGCACUGAAAAAAAGUUAACGUUUGUUCCACCUGAGCGAGUCUGACCACAAGUCAGAGACCACUAUGAUGACACACAAAAUGUGUUUGAUCGAUCGCAGGAAUAGGCUUUUGAAGGCUACUGUCCAAGGUAUGUCUUCCAAUGGUGCGACAACUGUCGACAUCCAAAGAUUAUCGAAUUUGAAUUAACGCUUGGAGGGCAGAGAAGGUGGCCAUGGGGGUAGCGCCUCACUCUCUCCUGGCCCUGACUGGCCAGCUGCCCUGGCUGCUGCUCCUGGCUCUGCUCACUCCCUGGAAUGUCCUCGGAGCUGAAGAACUGAAGCCCACUAGAUGGCCCAUGUUCUCCCAGAAGCCUUUGCUCCUCGCCUGGAAUGCCCCGACAGAGGACUGCCGCCCCCGGCAUGGUGUGCGUUUCCCGUUGGAGCAGUUCCAGAUAGUGGCGUCGCCCAACGAGGGCUUCGUCAGACAAAACCUCACCAUCUUCUAUAAGGACCGGUUAGGGCUGUAUCCGUAUUACGAGCGGGACGGCACCGCGGUGAACGGUGGGCUCCCACAGGCCGCCAGCCUCACGCAGCACUACGAGAAGAUGCCCGAAGGUGUUCACAAGUACAUAAGUGAACCAAACGCCAAAGGCCUUGCCGUCAUCGAUUGGGAGGAGUGGCGUCCGCUGUGGAUCCGCAACUGGGACGUCAAGGACGUAUACCGGAACCAAUCCCGGCAACUGGUGGCCAACAAAAACCUGGAGUGGCCCCUGGAGCGCGUGGGGAAAGUGGCCCAGCAGGAGUUUGAGCUGUCGGCCCGGAAAUUCAUGCUGGAGACCUUGCGGCUGGCCAAGAGCCUGCGGCCUAACCAGCUGUGGGGGUUCUACCUGUUUCCAGACUGCUACAACCAUGACUACCGAAGCGGCCUGGAGAACUACACUGGUCGCUGCCCUGACGUGGAGGUGGCUCGCAAUGACCAGCUGACCUGGCUAUGGACUGAGAGCACGGCCCUGUUCCCAUCUGUCUACAUGAGCACAGUGCUGCGCUCCACCAUGUUUGGACGUCAGUUUGUCCGCAACCGGGUGAAGGAGGGGAUGCGUCUGGCAUCGGCAGGUGACGCGCUGGCACGGCCUGUCUUUGUCUAUACCCGGCCUACGUAUGCCAACGAGCUGACUCCGCUGACUGAGACAGACCUGGUGUCCACUAUUGGGGAGAGUGUAGCCCUGGGAGCAUCUGGGGUCAUCAUCUGGGGAGAUCAUACCUACGCCAGCAGCAAUGCCAGCUGCUCCAGUCUGAGUGAGUACCUCCGGGGUCCACUGGGCCGGUACCUAUUCAAUGUCUCCACAGCAGCAGAACUGUGCAGUCAGAAGUUGUGCGGCUUCCAUGGUCGCUGCCUCCGCAAACACUCAGACACUGAUGCCUACCUGCACCUCAGCCCCCUCACCCACAGCAUCAGCAGCCAGGGGGGGAGGCUGAAGGUGACUGGGCAACUAGGCCAGGGGGAGCUGGCUGGGUACCGUCAACACUUCCAGUGCCAGUGUUACAGUGGGUACAAGGGUGAGGGCUGUGCCCAGAGAGAGCUGGGGAAGAGUGGUGCUGCCCCUGUCUGGAAAGUCUGGUCUGUACUGACUCUGCUGCUCCCUCUGGGGCUUCUCACUGUGCUCCACUGAGGCUGGGAGGAGCAGGAGCUGACACCGUGCAAUAUGGGGGAAGCCACCACCACCACACCUUGAUCCUGGUUCUAGUCCUGGCCUCUACUGGUGCUCAGGGGGCUUCCUGGUCAGGGAUGGGCACUAGCUGCUCUGUGGGACUGAUCCAUGGAGGAGAGGACAUGGGAGUGCCUGCUUCUCAAUGUGAUGAAGGAAGGAGGGAGGGGACUGAAGAUACCCCUCAGUACUCUUCAGUUACCCACACAAGCUAAAGGGACAGCAUUUGAAGUGGGCAAAACAACAGGCCUUCUAUUUUGACUUGAUGUUUUUAGGGAGUGGGUGCGCUGCAAGUGUGGCAGAAAUGAAGGUCUAUACUGUAGUGAUCUAUCCCUCCCUUCACCGGAGCUGGAAGACAUCUGGAGCUAACAGCCAGAACUAGAACUAAGAUGUCUGCAAGGUGUAUGAAUUCUAACCAGCUGUAUUAUUGAGUUUGUGUGUGUGUCUAAGUAAACUGUCAUUAGUUAGAAGUGUACCUGGGUUACUAGUUAGACAGUAGUUUGUUAGAAUAUGCCUCUCUCUUUUUACUCAUGUUGAAACUUAUGAGGGAAUUGAAUCUUCAACAACAGAGAAGCUAACGCAUCACACAAGAAUGCUACUUUUCUACGAAGAGACUCCUACUGUGAAGGUUAUGUCCAAAGAGACCUGUGCUGUGCACACCUCUCAGGUAGGCGGCUACCCCCUCACCCAGUUCUGAUCUGGUCCAACUGCAGAUAUGGCGAGGAAAAUCAACAGCAAUUUUCAACAUCUUUUUGUAAUGUUUUCUUUUUCUAUGGUCUUAUUUUUUUAUGCCUCUAAUGAUGGAAAAUAACUGGAAUAUUUGGAAAAGACUGCUUCAUUUGAAUAUUCAUGACCUUCAGUAAAGCUUAGCAUUGUGGCAAGGAAUUCAUUUCAUCUACUGUGUCGUACGCUGACUGCUUUUACAACACUUUAGCACCUCAGUCACAUUAACAAGAAACAACUCAUCUAAGAAUGUGUAAGAAAUGUUUGUAGUCCACAACAUAUUCUUUGAUAUUUGUAAACACACCACUCAUCUACACAGAUGACAGUGCGAAAGUGCCUGUCCAACGAGUGUGUUUGGCCUAAUGUGUCUGUGGUCCUCAUCCUUAUUGUCAUGAUUCUUAUUCUGGUGCAUCUACAUUUUCUCUGUGUUGAUGUUUUCUGAGUGUUUGUGAGGAUUGUAAACCAAAGCUGAAAGCACUUUUGCUCAUUUUGUCUUUACUCUAUUCUGCCUUCUGUUGCCUGAAACCAAAUUCCUAAGAAAAUGGCUUUGUCCUCUCGUAGGCUUCUUCAGGGGCCUCAGUGAGGGUCUAUCGUUUUCACUGCUCUUAUUUAUGUCCCAAACAUGCUUCUCAUUUACUCUCCUACAUGUACAUUGGAUGUAAUUGUAAUUAAGUGUAAUUAGUCAUUUAUUUUUAUUACAUUAAACUUGAAAUAUGAGAAGGCUCUCAAUGAAUUUU